GAUCCUGGCGGGGCCCAAUGGAGCGUUGGGGUCGGCUUAUCACUAGGAGAGCUUGUUGGGGGCGGAGCUCUGCCCCGAGCGGGCCGGGAGUCGUAGGUACCCGGCGUAGCGGCGUUUAGGCCGAGCUACCGCGGUGAGGAGCGAAGCUGUGGCCAUGAAGGAGGAGAAGGAGCAUAGGCCUAAGGAGAAGCGAGUAACCCUCUUGACUCCCCCAGGUGCUACAGGCAGCGGCGGUGGGGCUUCGGGAGACAGCACCAAAGGGGAAGAUAAGCAGGAUCGGAACAAGGAGAAGAAAGAGGCGUUGAGCAAGGUGGUAAUUCGGAGAUUACCGCCCACUUUGACCAAGGAGCAGCUUCAGGAACAUCUUCAGCCUAUGCCUGAGCAUGAUUAUUUUGAGUUUUUUUCUAAUGAUACUAGUUUGUAUCCUCAUAUGUAUGCAAGAGCAUAUAUCAACUUUAAAAACCAAGAGGACAUUAUUUUGUUCAGGGAUCGUUUUGAUGGUUAUGUAUUCCUUGACAAUAAAGGUCAGGAAUAUCCUGCCAUCGUAGAAUUUGCACCUUUUCAAAAAGCUGCAAAAAAGAAGACUAAGAAAAGAGAUACUAAAGUUGGGACUAUCGAUGAUGAUCCAGAAUAUAGAAAAUUUUUGGAGAGCUAUGCUGCAGAUAAUGAGAAAAUGACAUCUACUCCAGAGACACUGCUAGAGGAAAUAGAAGCAAAAAAUAGAGAACUAAUAGCUAAAAAGACAACUCCACUUUUGAGCUUCCUGAAAAACAAGCAGAGGAUGAGAGAAGAAAAGAGAGAAGAAAGGAGGCGGCGAGAAAUAGAAAGAAAAAGACAAAGAGAAGAAGAGAGGAGGAAGUGGAAAGAAGAAGAGAAACGAAAACGGAAAGAUAUAGAAAAGCUGAAGAAGAUAGACAGAGUUCCAGAAAGGGACAAAUUAAAGGAUGAACCAAAGAUUAAGGUACACAGGUUUCUGUUACAAGCUGUGAAUCAGAAAAAUCUGCUCAAGAAGCCAGAAAAAGGAGAUGAAAAAGAAUUGGACAAAAGAGAAAAGCUCAAGAAAUUGGACAAAGAGAAUCUGAGUGAUGAAAGAGCCAGUGGGCAAAGUUGUACAUUGCCCAAGCGUUCUGAGGGUGAAUUUAAAGAUGAAAAGCCUAAGAGACCUGAAGAUGAGAGUGGCAGAGAAUACAGGGAGAGGGAGCGGGAUUAUGAACGAGACCAAGAGCGCAUCCUGCGGGAGAGAGAGCGGCUGAAGCGGCAGGAGGAAGAGCGCCGCAGGCAGAAGGAGCGCUAUGAGAAAGAGAAGGCUUUCAAGAGAAAGGAAGAAGAAAUGAAGAAGGAGAAAGAAACACUUCGGGAUAAAGGAAAAAAGCCUGAAAGUACAGAGCCAGUAGGCAGCUCAGAAAAAACUGAAAAGAAAGAAGAAGUGGUUAAGAGAGAUCGCAUAAGAAACAAGGAUCGCCCGGCGAUGCAGCUUUACCAGCCAGGAGCUCGAAGCCGAAAUCGACUCUGUCCCCCUGAUGACAGCACCAAGGCUGGAGAUUCAGCUGUAGAAAAAAAGCAGGAAAGUGGUAUUAGCCAUAGAAAAGAAGGAAGCGAGGAGUGAUAGGUCCAAAUGGCCUUAGGUGUCCUGACUGUCUAGGCAGCCAAAGAGCACGAAUUAAGCAAUCCAGAAGUGCCUUCAGGGCAAAGGAAUAGAGAGAGAGAGAAAGGGGGUCGCUGUGCUGGUGGGGUACACUGCAGAGGAGUAUGUUUUGCGUUAAAGCAGGAACCCGAUUGCAGGUUCAGAUUGGAAGUACAAUUUUCAUUUUUUAUGCAGUUCCUACAAAUUUAAAGUGUCAGACAAAGCUGAGGGGGAGAGGACACGCAUUGCAGUUUGCAGGCAAGAAAUGUCAUGAGAGGACUUAUUUAGGUAUGACAAGAGAAGAAGAUAGGAGAACUGGCUUUAAAAUCAAAAGCUUUUGUUAAUCCUGGAUUGAAUUUUCUUAAAUUUCAAUGGAGCAGAGUCACUGUGAAGUCUCGUUCAGAUCUAGUUAUAGUCAUUGGUGGUAAAUGUUGACUUUGUGUAGUGUAGAAGCAAGAAGCAUGUAAUUGUAAUACAAGUACAGUGAAGGAUAUAACACAUUUUCACUUAUGCAGAAAUUUAAAUAGUCAUGUCAUGUCAAUAUGUUAUGUCCUAAAGUUUUAGGAUUAGUUUGGGAACCGCUACCCACUCCAGUAUUCUGGCCUGGAGAAUUCCAUGGACUGUGUAGUCCAUGGGGUUGCAAAGAGUCGGACACAACUCAGCAACUUUCACUUUCAGUUUAGUUCUUUGUUUGCUUACGUGAGAUUAGUGUAAAAAAAUUUUUUUUAAAACAUCUCCUUUUGCCUUUAGCAAUUUUUAUAUUUGUAAAGUUUAACCCUUAGUUGGUUCUUAACAAUCCAGUCUUUGUUUGACCUUAGGUCUCAUGAGCUGAGUGCCUACCCUCUCCAGGAAGGAAACUGCACCAAUAUUUGUUCCUGUUAAAUAGCAACUUAGCUUGUUUUGCAUUGAUGUCAAUAAAUAUCAACAUCACUCAAGUAUGAA